AUGAAGCGGCAUUCGGGGAUUGGGAUAAUUCGCAAUCCAGGGGAUGGGCGCGGCGAGCGCAGCCAAACUACAACCCGGCAGCGCCAACAAGGACUUGCGGCCAGUGCGCGGACCGACAGCAGCAGCGAGAAAGACAAGCCCGACACGGCCAGCACCGUGGCGAUGACCGGCGCCAAUGCAAUAGCAGUGCUGACGAGCAACCCGAACAAGGUGCCGUCGCGCAUCCACCGCAACGAGCUGCCGGUGGUGGCCAAGACACACUACCCGCGAGCCAAAAGCUCCGAGUUCGACCGGUACCUGGAGAGCAUUUCGGGCCUAUUCGACCAGUAUGCGAUGAAUGCCCGCACCGGGUACCAGAUCGCGACCGAUGAGCUGGAGCGGUACGAGGCGGCGGUGGAGGAUGCCGAGAAGGUGUUGGAAGCGGCCAGCCAUACGUACUCGAUGGACUCGACGACGAUGGCGGAGCGGCUGCGGGCUUUGGACGGCUACGCGCAGCGAGAGCAGUUUGACCUGAGCGACCCGGCGACAUUCGACAUAGUCACACAGGUGGUACUGGGCCCGCAGCUCAGCACCGAGCUGCUUUCGGCGGAGCGCGCAGCCAUGGCGGGAGCGCGCAUGCAGGAGACACUGUCUGGGUAUAUGGACACAGUGGAAGGGUAUUUGACACGCGAGAUUUCGCGGCGCUCGCCGUCGUUCUUUGCAGCCCUGUCGACGCUGGAGGACCUGCAUAAGGAGACCGACCGGUGCAUAGCCGAGAUCCACGGGCUGCGCGGCGACCUGCGACGCACGGCACACGCGCAGUGCGCGCCCGGCCUGGAGCUGAUCAGGCUCAGAAGGCGGCGGGAUAACCUGGCGGCAGUGCUGCGCGACGUGGAGCUGCUGGGGAGGGCGACUGCAUCGGGAGCGCUGAAUCUGAUCGUCGAAGCACAGGAGAUGGUUGAGCCGGCGCAGCGCGCGAUGCGCUCCGGGCAGGGCAAACCGGGGGUGGCGGCGACGCGGGCGUUCCGGGCGCUGGAUGCACGGCUGACGCGGGCGCUCAGCUCGGUAUCGGAGUUUGCCGAGCGCGAGCUGGCCAGCACGCUGCUGCGGGAUAUGCGCGAGUUUGUAGACGACGGACUGUCGCGCGCCGGGCAGUUCGACAGCUCGCAGGUGGGCAUCUACCAGGCGAACCUGGGCUUGCAGCUAUCGCCUCUCGUGCUUGGGUUGGCGCGCAUUGGCGGAGUGGCAGGCGCCCUGCGGAUCUACCGUGACCACCUGAUGGCCGAGACAGCAGAGCUGAUCGAGGGUCUGUAUCCGCACAGCUUUCCGCGCAGCCACGGCCACGCAAUGUUCAACGAUGCGACGCAGCAGCGCAGCCUGAAUGCGGCGGUGCGUGCGCUGACGUUUGACCAGUUCCGCAGCCUGCUAGGGCAGCAACAGCAGCUUCUGCUUCUGAUCAUAACGCAUAUUGGCAUGAGCGCAUUGGACGGCUCGGCUCACUACGCAGUGGCCAAGGGUGAUCUGCAGCGGUCGCUGGACGAGACAUUCGAGACGUUCAUGGAUGUUGCGCACGUGCGGUGUGCCAAGCUGGUGAACCACCGGUCGGAGCAGAAUGCGCGGCUGAGCCUGGCCGGGUUUUAUGCCCUGUAUGCAGAGAUUUCGCAGUUUGUCGCGCAGUACGAGCAGCUGUGUGGCAAGAUGUGCUUUGGGCUGCGUGGCACGCUGACGGCGCAAGGCAAAGGCUCGCGGCAGAUCCACAUUCUUAUAGAGAACGAGCAGUGGGUGCAGGCCGAGGUGCCGAUUGACUUCCAGAACCUGGUCAAUCAGGUGGUGGAGGCUGCAGGUCAACAGACCGCGACCGAGCCAACCAGCCCGCUGGUGCUAGGAGCUGGCACGCCAGGAAUCAGCACGCCAGGAAUUGGUACGCCGAGAAUCGGCACUCCAGGGAUCAAUACACCGGCGAGUGGGCCGUUGGCGCUGAGUAGCGGCCAAACAAGUAGCGAGUCGCCGCUGCCAAGCAAAGCUCUAGAUGGCAGGGCGUUUGAGGGUGUGCAUACGCAGAUGGUGAUGGCAACCAAGGCGGCGGACUCUGAUGUGGCGUCAGUGCGGUCAGUGGACACGGCGGGGAUCGGGCUGAUGCAUAUUGGCGGCGAGUCGUUCCACGUGGUCGGGUGCAGCCUGGUGCUAGUCAAGAGCGUGGUGGAGUACCUGCAGUGUGCGGUCAACAUCCCGGUGCUGGUGACGGAUGUUCUGCAGCGGCUGGUGGAGGUGUUCAAGGCAUUCAAUUCGCGCACAUGCCAGGUGGUGCUAGGGGCAGGGGCGAUGCGGUCAGCGGGGCUCAAGAACAUCUCGGCGAAGCACCUGGCGCUGGCGUCGGAGUCGCUGGGGCUAUGCAUGGAGCUAUUGCCGUAUGUCAAGGAGUGUCUGCGACACGUGAUGUCAUCAACGCAGGCUGGGCUGCUGGGGCAGCUGGACCGCGCGGUGGGCGAUUUUGCAAACCACCAGCACGAGCUGCACCGCAAACUGGUGCAGAUCAUGGCGGACCGGGGCGACUACCACUGCCGGAUGCUGGGGGCAACCAAAUGGGACAGCGCAGCAGCGGUGCCGGCGCCGGCAAUCGAUGGGCUGGCAAAGGAGGUGCGCAAGCUGCACCGCGUGCUGAAGCGGUACCUGCCGGAGGCGGCGGUGCGGUGGGUGUUUGGGCAGAUCUUUGCUAUGUACGGCGACAAGCUGACAGCGCAGUACGCGCGGCUGCGGAUUACCACAGCCGAGGGUAAGCGCCAGUUGUUGGCAAACUCGCAGUAUCUGCUGAAGAAUGGCCGUCAACAACAUUGA